AGCGCCAAAGCAGCGCGCAUUCCGCGCCAGAGCCCCAGCAUUUCACAGGAUAGCAUGCCUUGGUUAACGUAGUAAACCAUAGAUAUAUUUGUGUCAAAAUUCAAAAACAGGUAAACGAUUGCUUUAUUUAAGAAGCAUUGCUUUAUUUUGUUUUUACAAUAUCGAGAACAAAUAUCACAUAAUGUUAUGGAUUUGAACGUGCGUUAGCACGAUAAUGUACAUGUUAGGUAGACAUCAGUGUUUGUUUUGUUUUUAGCAAUAUCAAGCUAACCAACACAUUUGACAUACACCUUUAAGUCCUUUCGAAUAAAGUAGGUCGAUAGAUUUGUUGGUUAUCGUUAUUUUUGCGCAAGUAAUGCCAGUACACGCGAGAGAAAAGAAAGAAAGCAAUCAUGAAGAGAUGGAGGUGGAUUUCGCAGAGCAAGAUGGGAGCAGUUCAGAUGACGAGGAAACCGAGAGCUCAUCUGUCUCAGAGGAUGGAGAAAGUUCAGAAAUGGACGAUGAAGACUGUGAAAGGAGAAGAAUUGAAUGCAUUGAUGAAAUGACUAAUCUUGAAAAACAGUUCACUGACCUCAAAGACCAGUUAUACAAAGAGCGUCUGAAUCAAGUUGAUGCCAAACUCCAGGAAGUGAUGUCAGGAAAGGCCCCUGAGUACUUGGAGCCUCUUGCAACACUACAGGAGAAUAUGCAAAUUAGAACAAAAGUUGCAGGCAUCUACAGAGAGCUGUGCUUGGAUUCUGUGAAGAAUAAAUAUGACUGUGAAAUGCAAGCAGCUUUUCAGCAUUGGGAGAGUGAGAAACUGUUAUUAUUUGAUACAGUGCAAAGUGAAUUAGAGGAGAAGAUAAGGCGAUUGGAGGAAGACAGACAUAGCAUUGACAUUACCUCAGAGCUCUGGAAUGAUGAGUUACAGUCAAGGAAAAACAAGAAGAAAGAUCCAUUCAGUCCAGAAAAGAAGAAAAAGCCUGUCGUUGUAUCAGGCCCAUAUAUUGUAUAUAUGCUGCAAGACCUGGAUAUACUGGAGGACUGGACUGCUAUCAGAAAGGCCAUGGCAACAUUAGGACCUCACAGAGUUAAGACUGAUGUCGCAUGCUCAAAGAGUGAUAAACACCAACACACCGCACGCUCGGAGGAUGGACGCCUGUUUUACGACGGCGAGUGGUUUGGCCGCGGUCAAGCCAUAUGUAUCGACAAGAAAGAUGAAUAUCCCACGAGCGCCGUAAUAACUACAAUCAAUCAGGAUGAGGUUUGGUUUAAACGGGUCGAUGGCAGCAAGUCAAAACUCUACAUCUCACAACUUCAAAAAGGCAAAUACACCAUAAAACAUGCCUGAGACCUGAUUGCUUUUCACUGCGGCAGUCGGGAAUGUUUAAUAGUGUCAUUUAUUGUACAGUAUAUCACGUUUAAAUACUUUUUUGGGUGUGUAAAAAGAGAUUAGUUGAUGUGUUGUCUUGUACUUUGUUCAAUGAAAUGCCAUUUGUAAGAUUAUUACUGUAAUAUGAUUACAGACUUAGUUACUACCCUGAAAUGUGAUACGUUUGUAUUUUGCUAUAGGGUUCACUUUCCAUUUAAAUCUUGCUAGUUAACAAGAUCAAUUAAUGAAUUUUCAAUUCAAUGUUUACUUUAAUACUGUACAACAUCCGGCCACCAGUGUUUUUUUUACAUAACUCAUUACUGUUUUCAUACACACAUUACAUUUUGAUGUCACAACUAAAUUAAUCUGACUUGUUUGUGCAGCAUUUUUUUAGGAGCAAGACACUUUAGGAGCGAAUAAACAAGAUUUUACCACAGUAUUUAAAAAAAAUCUAAGCUGUUAUGCAGGACACUAGUUAUUAAUGUCCACUAUGUUUGAAGAUGAUCUUGCUGCUCUGUUUACAGUUUAAAACAAGCCAUUAAUGUGGUUAAUACUUUAUGUAAUUCAUUAUGUAGUGUGCAUUUCAGUUCUGGUUCAGUGUUCUUGUUUAUUGGAGUUAUAGCACCACCCUCAGAUUUUUGUUGUUGUUGUAUUGUGAUCAUUGUUUUAUAUUUUCCUCAGAUUUUC